UUUUUGAUACCUGUGUUUAAGAGUUAAUGCCUGGACAAAGGGUAAUCUAUAAAGGAUUCGCUGUCAUCGCUGACAGUUUAGACAUGGAUCUGCAAUGGAGGUGCCUACUGCUUCUGGGGCUUACGAUUUACCUCCUAGUCCCUUAUACCGAAGCCUACAUGACCCAGGCGCAAAUGAAACAGGCGAUGAAGACAGUCAGGAACGUUUGCCUGCCUAAGUCUGGUGUCAGUAAAGAUGCAUUGGCAAAAAUGUUAACAGGUGAAUUUGAUGCAGAAGAUAGAAAAUUGAAAUGUUAUUUGGGCUGCGUACUUGGCAUGAUGCAGGCUGUUAAAAACAACAAAGUAAGCCUAAAUAUGAUCAGGAACCAGGUGACCAAGAUGUUAGCACCGGACGUGAGCAAAAAAAUAAUGGCUGCAUUCGAAAGCUGCGAGGGAUCAACUGGCGAGGACAAUUGUGACCUAGCAUUCAACUUCGCGAAAUGUGUUUACGAUGCGGACCCAGAGAACUUCUUUGUACCCUGAAACCCUAGCUGAAAAGACGACAAGAAUUGCAGGAGACGCAGCCAAAUUAAAUUGCUAAGCUUAGGAUUAGAGUUUUUGUAAAUAUUUUUUUAAAGGAAAAUUUAAAUCAAUGUCUGUUGUUUCACCUAUACGAAAGAAAACAAUAAAUACUCUUUUUCCUGCA